AUGGGGGCAGUGAAAGGGAAGAACUCAGCCAAAGGAAGAUCAUUGCAGUGUCCUGGAGUGUGCGGGGAGAAGCGGAGCCCUGCCGCCCAGGGGAAGCUGAUCAUCGGCGGACGGCGGACCAUUAGUUGGAGCCGGAGCUCCACCGAGCGCUCGUCGCUCGCUUCCUCACACGGCUUGGCUAUGAGUGGGCUGAAUACGCCGUGUGUGCUACUAUGUAUGCUGUUAUGUAUGCUGAGGGCAGAUGGCAGGGGCUAUCCGGGCAGGAAGCGAGGAGUUCCGAAACACUACAGCACCGCCAUGCAGAGGUAUCGCCAUGGUCCUCAUAUGUGCCAAUCACGAUAUGCGAAUGGGUGCUGCCUUGGAUGGAGCCCAACACUGGGCAGUGGACUGUGUGUGAUACCUGUGUGUUCUUUUGGAUGUGGGAAUGGUUACUGUGUCGCACCCAACCUCUGCUUCUGCAGAGGAGGUCAACAAGGAAUUUCCUGCUCAGGGCUUUCUGCUUGGUGUGGGGAAUACGGUUGUGACAUGAGCUGCAACCACGGUGGCUGUGAGGAGAUCUCCCGUGUGUGUCCUGUUGGCUUCACCGUGAUCGAAACCAGCAUUGGAAUUAGUUGCAAAGAUAUCAAUGAGUGUUCUACAGCCUCUUGCAAAGGGCAGUGUGUGAAUAAGGAAGGCGGAUUUGUGUGUGACUGCGGAGCAGGAAUGCAGCUCUCCCCUGACAAGCACAGCUGUGUGGAUAUUGAUGAAUGUGCAGGAAACAGGUCCCCAUGCCAACAGAGGUGUCAGAAUGUGAUCGGCAGCUUUAAGUGUUCCUGUAGGCCCGGCUACUACCUCCACAACAAUGGUCAUUUAUGUACAGAUGUGAAUGAGUGCCGGUGGGUUGGGGAGAGCCGAGUGUGCCACCAUUCUUGCCACAACACUUUUGGCAGCUAUCUCUGCUCCUGCCGUGCUGGCUUCCAACUUCAGGCUGACAGAAAGACGUGUGAAGAUAUAGAUGAGUGUGAAGCAAAUGGACACACACUCUGUGAGCACAAAUGCAUUAAUACAAUAGGCAGCUUCAAGUGCACUUGCCCCCUUGGCUAUGAGGUGCUCAUUGAUGGACAGAUGUGUAUAGAUGUGAAUGAAUGUGAGAAGAGUAAUUGCUCCCACCACUGUGUGAAUACUUUGGGCAGCUUCCAGUGCUUAUGCCCACGCGGAUAUACUCAGCACCCAAAUGGCCACAACUGUCAAGGUCUGUUAUCUUUUGCUUUGGAUAACAAUGAAUGUGCUACUUCUCGAAAUGGGCAUUGUGCCCAUAACUGCAUUAACACAGCUGGAAGCUACUACUGCAGCUGUCGUCCAGGUUAUCGGCUCCACUUUGACAGACAUUCCUGCAUCUAUAUUGAUGAGUGCCUGUCCAGCCCGUGCUCUCAUCAUUGCCUUAACACUGAGGGAAGUUUCUACUGUACCUGUCCAGAUGGGUUUUACUUAAGUGUGAACAACACCUGUACAGAACACCUACUUGCCCCAGUUCCAGUAAUGGAAUCUCUCAAGCAACCUUUGCCAGCUGCGAUUCUAGCCACUCCCUGGACACCACUAACAUCCUGCUGGUAUAAUGAGACCUUGCAACAGGAUGGCAGCACCUGGACAGUGUCUGACUGCGUUGAGUGCACUUGCCGGGAAGGUGAGGUACUUUGCCAACUUGUUGUUUGCAAAACUUCCUGUAGCCAUCAGGUCCUUGAAGAGGGUCAGUGCUGUGGAACAUGUGAUAAGUGUCUCUAUGAGGGCAGAAUUGUGGACCAUGAAGAUGUUUUCUCUCCCUCCAAUGACAAUUGUACCCUUUGUGCCUGCAUUUCUGGAAAUGUGAAAUGUAUCACACCUGAGUGUCCUCCUGUUGCAUGUGAGAAACCAGUUCUAUUGGAUUGUUGCCCUACAUGUCCAGCUGAGUGUAUUGACCAUGGCAUCGUCUAUCCUCAUGGGGCAGAAUUCACCCGGCCUGGCAUCGAUUGCAUCAAUUGUGCAUGUUUGAAUGGUGAAGUGGAGUGUUAUUACAGGCCUUGCCCAGUGUUGGAAUGUGCAAGAGAGGAAUGGUUUCUAGAGCCAAACCAAUGCUGCUUUACUUGCCGCCAGGAUAAAAUUGUCAAAGGCUGUUUCAUAGACGACAAUGGAAUUGAGUUUCCAGUUGGACAGAUAUGGUCACCUGGCGAUCCCUGUGAAGUGUGUGUGUGUCAGGCAGAUGGUUCAAUUGUCUGUAAGAGGACUGAAUGCCUUGAGACCUGUGCACACCCUAUACUAGUUCCUGGCCAGUGCUGCCCUGACUGCUCUGCAGGUUGUGCCUAUGGUGGGAUGAUCUAUAAGAAUAAUGAGACUUUCCCCUCAGCUGCAGACUCUUGCCUCACCUGUAUCUGUCUGUCUGGCUCUGCUGCCUGCUCUCCUGUGGAGUGCAAAGUUAGCUGCACCUAUCCUUUCCAUUCUGAAGGCGAGUGCUGCCCCCUUUGCAUGGACUGUAACUAUGAAGGGAGGAAGGUCACCAAUGGCCAGACAUUUCAACCUGAACACAGACCCUGCCACUACUGCAUCUGCCAAUUGGGAGAAGUAAGCUGUGAAGUUCGGAAGUGUGAACCCCCUUCCUGUGACCACCCACAUUCUGUCCCAGGUGACUGCUGUCCGACAUGCUCAGUGUGUCUGUACGAUGGUCAGAUUCUGGAAGAUGGAGGUUAUUAUAUCUCGGCUGCAGACCCUUGUGUCGUCUGUCUUUGUAUGAAAGGCAAUGUGGAGUGUGACUGGAAAGGUGACAGCUGCACAGAACUAGAGUGUGAACGGCCUCUGCGUCAUGUCCCUGGCACAUGCUGCCCCGUAUGCCCUGAUUUGUCUAUGGCUUCACCUCCCACUGAGAGGUCAGGAUUGCAUCCUCCAAUCACAGACAACACUCUCCCUGAGAUACCAGCACCAACAGAAUCCUAUCAAAGUCCUCGGAGGGCAACAGCUCAACCACCCACCUCUGACACAGAAGUUGGGUUGAUAUCCUUGUCUCCUUUAAGUAGCACAAUGUCUAAAAAGUACAAUCUGAAUCAAAUUGUGCCCUGGAGCCUCAAGAGGAAGCUAGGACAGGAAUUAAAUACUUCACCUAAGGGUCAAAGGAUUAUCACAACGAAACAACCAAUGGCCAUGGAAGUGGAUACUAGUUCAGAUGGUGCACCCUGGGGGAUCUCCACAUUGCAAGUUGUGCUUCCUCCACCAGCGACAUUCAAAGCCACUUCAGCCGACUCUGAGAAAAUCAAAGAUGAGAUUGUCCAGGAAGGCUUAAGUUGUCUGGAUGAAGAUGGAGUUGUGUUCAGCCAUGGACAGAGUGUUCCCAGAGAAGAUCCCUGUGCUAAAUGCCUGUGUUUGCAAAGCACAAUUCUGUGCAAGUCACAGAAGGAACAGUGCUCACCCUUGCUGUGUGAUUUAAUGCAGCAGAAGACUCCCGACGGCCAGUGUUGCCCAGUCUGUGUUGAUUCCCACUGUGUGGUAAGGAGCCAGCAAGUUCACAUAGAAAAUGCCAGCAGUGAUGACUAUUACCGAGUGACAGAAGUGGGCGAGGUACUUGGUGAGAAUUCUCUCCUUGUCAUGUGA